AUGGCAAAGCCCGACGUUCUAGGUAUCGAAGCCUUCAAGGAUGGCACGCGAAUCCGCGACUGGUGGGAUUGGACUCUCAUUGCCAUCAUUGCUGCUAGCGGAUUUGUCGGCCUUGUCGCUCUCGUAUGGUCUACUUAUCGUUCACUUCGAAAAGUAUUCAAGGAAGAUGAAGAUGAAACUGCCUUGCCACGCUCCGUACAAGAGCGCAUUCAUCUCUUGUCAAACAGCUCAAGCGUCAUUCGCGUUACGCACGCGCUCCCCGCGAAACCUUCAUCUUUUGGCGUCUACCUUGGCGCAUUGAAAACCCCAGUCACUCCAGAGGAGGCACAGGUCCUGUCGCAAUGGGAGGCCCUCGUAUUGGAUUACCGACAGACUGGUGUCCUAGAUGCCGUCAGUAAUGAUGAUGUUCCCAUGGGACCUUACAUCAUCGCGCGACUCGAUCUAUCCCAUGUUAUCACUUCGGCCACAAAGGGCACCGAGUUGGACCUGUCACAAGCGAUAUAUCUCUUGUCGUGCACAAUUGAACAGAACUUGCGACGACCCGACCAGAAGCGAUACUUCACUGGUGUUCUCAUCUCCGAAUGGCGCGACCGCGUUCCCAUCGCUUUGCUCCAUGGCCUCACAAAACUUCUUUCAGCCCAUGGCUUGGAUAGCUAUCUGGAGAUCGGCGCUCCCGACUUCUUGGACGGUGUGAAGAAGCUCGAUCUCUCACUCUUUGCCGGCGUAGUAGUUCGCAACGGUACAAUCAAGUCGAAUGGAGAGCGCCGCGAUUUCUUCGACAUGGACAAGAUGAAGACGACAACUCGGUCCUUUGUUUCCCAAGCUUGCCAACGUUCGUUUGUCACAAUGAUGUGGGAUACAGUGGAUGAUAAUGCCGAGCUUUCGCAUGCUGUUCUCAGAAGAGCGCACAUGUGGUGCAGUUAUCACGGCGCAGUGCCCUACUUCCCACGGCAGUGCGCUCUCACAAACAUCUACGAUGUCAGCCCCUGCGAGGAACCCUUGGCCGCUUUCCAGUGGCUGAAGACUCGAAAGGUUAUGGAUGUCCAUGACAAGUACCGAACUGCUCGUACGAUUUCGCCUGGAUUUUCCAGCCUUUUUGAUGACUACGUGCCGCUACAAGAGAUUUUCCCUCUCUUGGCUGACACGCUCGCCGGCCUUGAUGGAGGCAUGCCUGACGACGACUCAUCCAGUACACUUACACUUACUGUUGAAUAUCCCGAGGUUGAUGAGAAUGGAGUGUUGGUCCCCCACGAACCCUCAUCACCCACGAGUUUGGGGCUCGACUGGACCAUGGCAGUAGAAAAGCACACCGACAACCCACUUUCAUGUUCUUUCGACGGAUCACCAUAUUCAUCUUUGGGAUGCUUCCCAAUCGGUAUCGAUGCCUCCAAAGCAGAUUUCGAUCGUGUCCUCAAGUCACAACGGCAUCUGCGAGAUCUCAAGUUGCUUACCCGUCUCCCCGUAGAACAGUUCAGUGCAACUUCUGCAACCCUCAGCCGCUUCGCUUCUAGCAGCAGCCACUUUCUGAAUCUCGUGCCUACUAUGAGAGAGGCUAUCCUAGCUCUCGUAGAAGCAUUGGACCAUGCUGUUGAGGACGGUGCUGACCCAUACCGUUUCCAAGCAUAUUCUGCACUUGAUUCAGGAUUUCACACCCCCAACGGCGCCUCAUUCUGGGGAGUGUGGGAACUAGACCCUCGCACUAAAGCUAUCAUCAUAUAUGUUUCCAAGUCCGUACAAGAUGUCAAAGGAGUUCUGCUCCACACAUAUCUAAGUAUGAUGGGCUUUUCGAGGUACCAGUGUUUCCUUGCAGAAUACGGCCUUAGCGAAUUUGCCGACGGAUCCUUUUCACCAGAACGACUACCGGAUCGUCUGGUUCAAGAUCUGGAUCUUCUUUCGUCCUCAGAGCUUCUAAAUUACUUGCAGCAUAUCCGCUACUCAGAAUGGGAAGAGGAAUGCUCGCUUCUCCCUGCAAUUCGCGAACGCUGCAAAGAGUUGCUGAUUGAUGUACCUACAUAUCAUCAGUUUAAGCAACUGAGCAACGUAGAUUACAUUGGUGAGAAAGUCACCGAUGAGGAGCUAGUGGGCGCGAAACUCAAAUGGUAUCGACUCUCGCGCGUCCCAACCCUCGAUGAGGCGCAAGCUUUGCAACUCUUCAGACACAUCAACGAGGUGUUUCUUAACAUACUAUGGUGGAGAGAUCACCAGAAGCUUGAUACCAUCACUUCAGCCAUCACAGACAUUACCAGCCGGGGAACACUCGACUCGGCAGCCGACUUCGUGCUUUUCUGCAUCUUUUGUGCAGCCAGGAAAGCCGGAUUCGAAGAAGUCUAUAUUGAGGUCUCAGACAGGAACCCACUCUUCAACCAGUAUUCCGAUCAGAGUGCGGCAUUUGCAGAGCUGUUUGCGCUGGGAUCUCGAUGUGAAGCUUAUUUCGAUAUCAAGCCUAGCGACAUGGGCAUCUUGCUAUCGGAGAAGCACAGGGCCUACUAUAACCAAGAAGAACACCAGCCUCCGAUGUGGAUCUUCAAUGCGCCUUCAUUUGCUUCCGCCUAUGCUGCAGCCCAGACAGAUAUCGAUCCUGAGCAGAAGGCCUCCGUUAUGCCUGCCUAUCGUCGCUUUACUUUCCUGAGUGUCUUUGCAAUUCCUGCCCUUGUCGAUAUUGUGCUUCUCUCAACUACUGGUCACGGCCUUUACCUAAGUGUGAGAAUGACUGAAGACGAGAGGUACUAUGCUACGCUGGCACUUAUGUGCUCAUUGCUACUCUCUGGCGCCAUCGGAACAUGGAUCUCUAUUGGUGGCACAUACUACCUCAUCUCCAUGGCCUUCUCCGCAGCCAACAUGUUUGUCCUCACACGCUUAGUUGGCGGUCUGGCUUUCACUCUUGCCGGAUGUCUUCUUGGCUUCGUUGUCAUCUCAGCUGUAUCGGGACCUGGUCACGGCGCCGUCUUCUUCUUCUACCUCUUCGGCCUGACUACAUACCUGACCGUCCUGGCUGUGCUUUCCACGUAUCAGAUUCCUGGAUCCAGUUUCCUCAAUGGCCGAAAAAUCAUCAUUAUGGUCAUUCCAACCUUGGUAAUCUCCCCUAUUCUUACCAUCUUCAUUGGGAUGAAAGGCAAUGACGUUUACCUCUAUCUGGGCGUUCUAUACAUCUUCGUUACCCUUUUGAUUCUUGGCACCAGACGCGUGGCAACCCAAUGGGUGACCUGGUAUCACAACAUCAAGACACUCAACGAUUCAGAUAUCAAGAACUGGUACAUGAAAUUGCACUCUGAAAGGGAGCAGGAAGCAGUCGCUCUCAAAAACAAAAGCCAAAGCAAGGGCGCAGCUACAUCAACUGUCGCGGACGGAUCCCUCGUUGCCUCUUCAGAGGGGUCUUUCAGCGAGCCGGACAUCUUCCAGGGCAUGAGUGAACCAGCCAUUCUGGCAUUGUGCCGCAACGCUCUUCAUGAAGCUGUACUGAAAGAACAUGGACGUCAUUUCUGGCAGAAAUCUACAAAAGAUAGCUUCGUGAAACAAUUAGCUGGUUGCUGGGAUUCGACUAUCUUCUUGUUGGAUUGGUACGCUCGCAUAACGGACACCAAGCGACCUAUUCCGUACAGUUCGACUUGGAACCUCGAAACCCAAGUCGCGCUGGAGAGUAUGCAACAAUCGCAGAAGGGAAUUCGUCUCCACAAUUCUUUCAUUCACUGGCGAACAGCAGGUGAUGAAAUCUACUGCGGCAUUCUUUACUUCCUAGUCGCACUCAUGGAUCGAUGGUUGGACAUAUUGAACGGGGGCCAAACAGUGGAUAUGCCAGGAGUAGAUACACCUAUCCAAUUAUCAGCCGGCCUUGGACUUGCAUACGAUUUUGCAGGUGAGAUGGACACGGCAUUCCGCCUAUCAGUCGGUUUCGGACUCGCGUACUACCUGAUUGGAGCUGUCCUACUCGACUACAAGGCUCAGCACCUGCACACCUUGUCGGAGCAGAUGGCACCCAUCUCAAUUGAAAACACGCAACAGAUCAAACAAGCCAAGGCCAACGAUCUGAAGUUCAGGCGUCAUCUCUACUUCAAUACCUUGUGUCGCUUCAUCGGCGUCCAUGUAUGGGCACUUGCUUUCUGCACUGCUCUCAUCUGGAUCUUCAACAGCUCGUCCAUUGGACUGACCCUGUUCUUGUCCUACGUUGGUGCUUACACUGGACUAUUGCUGUAUCAGUACAACAAGAUCUUCUCUGGUCCGCAUGCGCUCAUGCCACUGCUAGCAGCUGUCGUGGUUGGUUUGAUAGUAGGCAACGUACUCUUGGCAGUCUUCCCUGGUUUCCUUUACGACAGGAUUAUCGCUCUUGGCGCGUCAACUUGGACAGCAGCCCUUCUCUCAUUCCGAACUGCCAAACUAGGCAUGCCAGAAGUUCUAGACUUCAGCAAAUGGGUCUCGGAAUCAUUUCCAACAGCCAAGCGUUCCAAGAAGGCAGCAAAUGCCGUGAAUGGGCAACCUGAUGAAGGAACAGAGUCGUUGAUGAAUGACAAGUUCCACGCCUACAAUAGCGGCAACAGCGAUUCCGAAUACAGUCAAAGUGAGCUCCGCGCAUACUGCAACAUGAUUCGAGCUGCUCCAAAAGAGAACAGAUACCGUGUCAAUCCAGCUGGUCAACCCGGUGAUCAAAUCAUUGCAUUGCUGCUAUCAUGCAAUCACGAUAGUCUUUCAAGGCUUGCUCUACAAGCGUUCCCGGCCAUGCCGUCAACAAUUCAGCGAAUCGUGUCAGCUUGGAGAAAUGGGCAAAUCGAUGUCUUCAUUGUCCCUCUCCAGACGGUCGUCAACUUCAAUAACGAUCUUCGUGCCAUUUCGCACUUUGCCGAUGGUCAUUUGACGUUAUAUAUGACAUCGGAUGCGAAGGGCCCAGGCUUUGGCCAAACGAAUGUGAGCAGCAACUGCACUGCUAUUGCCGAAACUUUACUUCACGCGUGCAUGGAAACGUUCCUCGAGACCCCGCACUCACAAGCUGAGAUUGCGGAAUCUAUCCUUGCAUGCAGGGAGAACGACGGCGAGCAAUAUGCUAUCUCAGAGUGCAACAGACGCUCGAUGCCGGCAUUGGUCGCAGGGCAAGACGCUUUGGUGUAUGGAAAAGCCUGUCGCAAAGAGCUUCUGCGAAAUUUGUGCCUUGGAUUCGACUGUGAAACGCAGUGGGAUGACUUGCCAUUGGAUAUACGACGACUGUUUUUCCGACGUUGUCUCGGUAUCCGAGCACCUUACACGAACAAGGAACUAUCCUGGAUCCAUGAAAACAUCCGCGCCGAAGAGUCCUGUACAAUUCUCUCAGUCAUCGCACGCUAUGAUCUAGGAGCAUUCUUGUCGGUUGUCAAGUAUAGCUACUUCAGGAAUCGAGGCGAUCAAUCAAUCUCCAACAAAGAAUAUCGCCAAGUCACUGCGGAUAUCCAAACGGCGUACCACCCGGUCCUCAAUCGUUCCGCUGUUUCGAUGUUUAGCUUGUUUACUGAAUACAUUCGCCUUCCGGUUGCCUAUGUCUAUCACUCUGCCGGAACAUGGGUAAAGUUCUUUGUUCUGGCGUGCAUGGCCGAUCCCGAGUAUCAGCGUGAGCUGAACGGGGCACUGCUGCACAAACCAUGGAUUGUUGCCAAGCCGACUACGUUUCUCCUUACAGGACUGUGGAUAUACAGCCGACGUGCAAUGUCCAUAGCUCUACCGUUCUUCCUCUACCACCGUCGCAAAGAUAUUGCAGGCCUGGCAGGAACCGUCAAGGGAAGUUUGAUCAUCCAGAGAAAGAACCGCCUGGUCAUCCAAAGUGCCGGCGAGACCGAGACAGCUUUCGUUCACCCUGACAAAGACGGCGGCUUCAAAUUGAUCUUCUAUCCAGGCGCCCUGAAGACCGAGCCGACUUGGGGUCAGGUUCGUGUUUCUCACUACGAUAAAGAAAUGCGCAUCAAGCUACGACAAGAAUGGAAGAAUGGCUCCGUCACCAAUGAGUUUACCUACGAAUACGAAACGAAUCCAGCGCAAAACAAGGUCAGAAUCUCCAAAGUAAGGUCAACCAAGAUCCCCCUCAGCCGUAUUUGCGGCAAGGGCGAAAACGACGGAUCAAAGGUCUUGUACAACCACAAGGGUCACAUUGAAUCUGGAAGUUACAUCAGCCACAACAACUUGGUGCGCUUCAAAUACCAUUACCGAAAGAACGCCAAGUACGACGAUGAACUUCUUCGCGCUGAGUUCGUGCUUCCACAUAUGUCUGCCAAUGUCAGCUGGUGCGCGCCUCCUGUUCGCCAUGCCGAGAAGACAGAGCGUUGGAUCCCUACUCCACGUGUCCACGAAGCGACCUUCGUCCAAGGUGCCGACGUUUACGAAUGCACAUGGUUUUAUGAUCACAAGUUCCAUCCAACGAUCACAACUAAGCUCAACGGUAUCAUGGUCGAUACACCAGACAUGAUCCGUCACGAUUGGCUCGGCGUGCUCAAGAAGCCCACUCGCUGCACGUUCGCUGAUGAAAACCCUCUGCUGGCAUUCAAAACUCCGACUUCGAACUUCUUGGGCCGUCUUUUCCGAAGGAACAUCAAGCAGCAAGAGAUCUCUACCUCCCGAGCCCGUUCGCAUCUCUGGAAGGCUUGGAAGAAACGUAAUGACCUUGACGGAGUCGUCAUUCGCUGGGUUGAUGAGGAACUGAUCCGAAAGGAGGCUCUGCUAAGACCUUACUGGAGACGCCGUGAUCGUGGAAGUCUCGUCAAAGCUGAAGACUACCUUGCACUACACGCCGAUGCCAUCAUGGCCAGCUCAGAUCUCACUAGCGAUAUCAGCGCAUGGACCCCUCUAGCUAUUCGAAUGAGCGAUCUAUUCAGUUUCGGUCAGGGUGGAGAUGCUGUCGUUUUCACCAGGACAAAGGCGCUGCAACGCGAUACCGAUAACUCGCUCCACGUCAUUGCUGUCGAUACUGGAACCUGGCCAAACGAAGGUGGUGGUGUCUCAGCAUGUCGCCGAGAUCUCAUCAACAACCUUCGCACUAUCAAAUGGCACAUGGUCGUCGAAUCAGCUAAUGAUUUUGGACUGCCAAAGCACCAGACUGAAGAGAACGUCGAGUCCCUGAAAAUCAUUCCUCUAUGGGGUCUGGACUUUAUGCAUCCCAACCAUGGCAUGUUCACCAACAAGCUAGACAGCGAGGUUGACCAUCUCGUCAAGGCAGCGACUUUGACUGACAUUGAGACAAACUUCAUUCCCACACUGACCGCUCUUGUUCGCGGAGCGCGAGCCACUACCAUGACUUCGGCAGAUGUCAAGCAGGCAACUCGUGCUUUGGUUAACCUCAACACGUACUUCCAAGAUUCACGCCACUGGAAAGAGGUCUGGACUAGCGACAUCGUCAAAGACUCGUGGAGGAAGCUGUGGCUGACAGACGACAUGCCCAAUGCCCAACCAGCAAACGAGUGGUUCCGUACCGAGUUGCCAACACUUGGUCACUUUGACACUGCGUUGGAACUGUGGUAUAGGUAUCUCUUCAUCUUCUCCAUUCCAAUCCCCGACAAGAUUCCCCAUGUUUUCCAGGCCUCUCACCACAGUGUCUCCGCGUCUUAUGGUAUCGUUUGCAAGCUCAAGCGCAACUGUACCCUUCAGAUCUGGGAUCACGCCAUCUCCUGGCGUGAGACUAACCUCUACCUGUCAUCGGCCAUGUGUACUCUACCACCGUUUAUCCGAAAUUCGCUGCUGGGCCUGAUGAAGCUGACCUCGUGUCUCAUUCUUCAUCACGCCGAUCAGAUCCUUCCAUGUGCAGACUUCUUCAACCCAGGAUGGGAAAUUGAAAUUGGAAGCGCAAAAGGACAGCUCACCCACCGCAACGUCUUCAAGCGCAAGGUUGAUCCUAUUGUCAACGGCAUCACUGAUAUGACCAAGUUUGCUCCAGUCACGGAAAUCAAAGCAAAGACACCAACAGUGACCAUGUUGUCCCAUGUCUGGUUUGCCAAGGACAUCAAGACUGCUCUGCUGGCCGCCGACAUUAUCACAAACGAAUGGGGUUUCAAAGACUACAAGCUCGACAUUUACGGUGCUCUCAACAAAUCUCCCGUCUAUUCUUCCGAAUGUCAAGAGAUUCUCGCCUGUAAGGGUCUGGGUCAGAACGUCACUAUGCGCGGUACAGCGGAUCCGGCAAUGGUUCUUGCAAACACCUGGCUGUUCCUCAACUCAUCGGUUUCCGAAGGUCUACCUCUCGCACUCGGAGAAGCUGCGUUGACUGGAGCCCCUGUUGUCUGUACUGACGUGGGUGCAUCUCUACGCGUGCUCACUGAUCCCGAUGAUGGCAAACGGUACAGCGAAGUCGUUGCCCCCAACGAUGCAUACGGCCUGGCUCGCGCUCAGAUCAACCUCCUCGCCAUGUUAGACGAAUGGGCCCAGUACGCCGAAGACGGCCCUGGUGUCGCAGCCCCAGUCCUCCCCCACAAGCCCACGCCCAAGGACGUCGAAAUCAUCACCCGUCGGAUGUACGAGAAAUCCGACCACCGCCGCAAACUCGGCAUGAUGGCCCGCAACAUUGUGCAAAAAUCCUUUGGCGGCGAGCGCUACCUCCGCGAACACGAGCAAAUGCUCUGGAUCGGCAAGUCCUUCUACGAAAUGCUCGACUUUGAAAAGCAGACCCCGCCACCCAGAAACCCAGCGCGCAUGUUGUCGCUCCGCCGCACACGCACCGUGCCGCAGCGCGACACCAUCGACACAACGGCCAGCAGCAGCAUCUUCGACCCUCAAAUGGAAAAGAUGAUGCACCCACGUCGUCCCUUUGCCCAUCGCGCAUCAGCCGCUACAUCCUUCUCGUCCGUCUACAUCGACGACGAAGACCCCUCUGGCCCUUCCUCCGCCUACUCCCCCGACCUCCCCUGGGAAUCAGAACCCUGGGACACACAACCGGGCUCCGCAGGCGCAUCUACUAAAUACGCAACCUCCGAAAGCGACGAGUGGGCUCUCCCCGUCAUCCCGCGCCCCACGCGAACGUAUUCCGGCACGCACAUUGCGCCCAUGCGGUCGCCGUCGUCGUCGGUCGUGCUGCCUGGUGGCGGCAAGGGCAAACGCCCCAUGCAAUUCCAGUACGCGGGCCAAAUGGCAAGCCCGGAGACUGGCAACGGCAUGCUUGAUCCUAGGCGAGAUGUCCUGGCCAGAACGAGCUGGGCGCCGAAUAGUGGACGCAGUAGUUUGAGAAGGAGUCAUUUGAAUGAGAUGGAACUUGCCUAG